AUGGCGGGAGCUGUGCGCCAGCCUAUAGACCUGGCCUCGUUGGAGCGCUAUAUUGACCAGAAAGUACCAGCACUCAAGACUCCACUGGAUAUUAAACAGUUUGGUUUCGGCCAAUCAAACCCCACCUAUCAGCUUACCACCGCCGAUGGUAGGAAAGCCGUGUUGCGAAAGAAGCCCCCAGGCAAGCUGCUCUCGAAGACAGCACACCGCGUUGAGCGAGAAUACCAGAUUAUCAAGGCUUUGGGUGGAACCGAUGUCCCCGUGCCGGAGGUAUUCUGCUUGUGUGAGGAUAACAAUGUGAUUGGGACACCGUUCUACAUUAUGGAGUUCCUGGAUGGACGGCACUUUACCGACCCAUCGAUGCCUGGAGUGAGUGCAGAGGAGAGGAAGGAACUAUGGAAGAAUGCCGUGCAGACACUCGCCAAGUUUCACUCAGUCGUGCCAUCAUCCGUAGGCCUUGAUGGGUUCGGCAAGCCAACCAAUUUCUUCGACCGUCAAAUCGCCACAUUCAACACCAUCUCCAAAGCCCAAGCAGCGGUAGUCGAUGUCGACACCAAAGAACCCGUCGGCGAACUCCCCUACUUUGACAACAUGGUACAAUUCUUCUCCCAAAAGUCCACGCAGCCUCGCGACCGUGGAACCCUCGUGCACGGAGACUACAAGAUAGACAACAUGAUCUUCCACCGGACCGAACCCCGAGUGAUAGGGAUUCUAGACUGGGAGAUGGCGACGGUCGGGCACCCACUGUCGGACUUUUGCAACCUAAGCAGUCCGUGGAUCCUCGAAGGCGCCGACUCCCAGCUGGAAAAGUUCCAGACUGGACGUGUGCCAGGGCUGCCGACGCGUGAGGACUGCAUGCGUUGGUACAGCGAAGUGGCCGGGUAUAAUCCGGCGGACGAUAUCCUUUGGGGAGAUGCAUUCUUCGCGUUUCGAGGCUCCGUCAUCAUGCAGGGCAUUGCGGCCCGGUUUGCAGGGCGGCAGGCCAGUAGUGCCCGGGCGGGAGACUAUGCUAAACAAGCUAAACCUUUUGCGAUGGGGGCUUGGGAACGGGUGCAGCGGGUGCAACGACUUACGCAAGGCAAGUUGUAG